CAAAUCCGUCCGUGCGGGAGCAACAAUCAUAUCCAAGAUGGAAACGGUAAAUGCUGGUCAUAUGAUGAGCUUAGCUGCUCUACAGAGGCAAGACCCGUACAUCAACAAACUGCUCGAUGUGACCGGCCAGGUGGCUCUCUAUAACUUUAACUCCAAGACGAAUGAGUGGGAGAAGACGGAAAUCGAGGGCACCCUGUUUGUUUAUGCAAGGUCUGCUUCCCCUCACCAUGGUUUCACCAUCAUGAAUCGGCUGAGUACAGAGAACCUUGUGGAACCAAUCAAUAAAGACCUUGAGUUUCAGCUGCAGGAUCCCUUCUUGCUCUACAGAAAUGGCAACUUGGGUAUCUACAGUAUUUGGUUUUAUGACAAGAAGGAUUGUCAACGUAUCGCUCAGCUCAUGGUCAAGAUUGUGAAACAAGAAGCAGACCAUGCCCAGAGAAAGUCACCAGAGAGGGCAGAGCCAGGGAGAGCCAAUGGAGUGGCAGAACCCCGGAGCAUCGAUAUCCUGGAACUGCUCAGCAAAGCCAAGGAAGAAUACCAAAGACAGGCCCAGGCAGGUGAAACAGAUGCGUCCACAGAACCGAUUGUAAAAGCAGCUGUCAGCACUAAAGAGCAUCCCCACAGCACACCACAGCCUGAAAAGCAGAGUUCUCAUCCCGUGGUAAAGCAGAUCACGGUUGAGGAGCUCUUUGGCUCAUCUCUCCCUAAGGAUCCAUCUCUACCCACAAUGCCCACACAGAGCACCACUGUUUCCAGUGACCCCUCCGCUGCCUAUAUCCACAAACAACCAUAUCCUGCCCCAUCUCCACAAAGCACUCUCCUCAUUCACCAACAUGUAGCCCAAGAGCCUGGGACCAACCAGAGGAACCAAGCCCCCGGCCUCCUCCCUGCUCCGUACGCACUACAUCCCAGUCCUGUAUUCCAGUCGGUGAUCCAAAGGUCAGACCCCCAGCCGCACUCCUCAGUGUCCCCACUCAUGGUGCCUCCUGCUGCCUCAGAGCAUCGUGCUGCUCCCCCUGGUACCGUAGCAUCUUCAGCUGCUCCAACGUCCUAUUUGGGUCAUGACAUUCUUAGCACGCUUAAACCGGCUGCCCCUUCUGUAAAUUCAGACAUCCACAAACCCAUCCUCGCACCUAACUUUCUGCCAAGCACAUUGGUCCCACCCCACAGCUUCCAAGAGACUAUGGGGAAACCCCUUCUCCAGCAUGGAAAAGACAUGGACGUUUUCUCUCAGCCUUCCAAUCUGAUUAAACCAAUUUCUGCUGUCCCCAUGAGUCCAAGUCUUGCUGUUCCAGGAUCAGAACUUUCUGUGCUGCUGUCUCCCAGUGCCUUCCAGCAGACCAUCAGUAAGACACCGACAGCAGCAUCAGUGGUCCCUCCUGCACCCUCUGAGCCCACCACCUCAGCUUCUGGAGGACCUAAAGAACCUAUAGCAGCCCCCUGCAGUAAAACACAGCUUCAGGAGACUCUGAUACACCUCAUUAAGAAUGACCCAGACUUCCUCAGUGCCAUUCAUGAUGCUUAUCUGCAGAGUCUAUCCAAGGACUUCAGCAACAUGAAGCUAUAGUUCUCCUUCAACCAGCACCACUCUUACUUUCAGUGCUCCAACCCCUUCAUGAUUACUGAAGACACACAAAAAUAACAGGAAAUUUAAAAGAAGUGGAGCAAACAGGUUUUUGACACACUGCACACCAGAAUCCUUCAAAACUAGUCUGUUCCUGAUGCUGGCUACUCAUUUUAUCCUUGAUCUACCUUUUGUCAAAAUAUAUCAAAAGCAGAACUACUGUGGGAAAGACAAAUGAGAUAAAUCUUCCCAGUUAAACCUUGAUUUAUUUUUUUUCUUUUGAACUUUCUAAAUAUGGUCAAACUGCUGGCUGGAUCAAGUUUAGCUGCUGGUGGUUUGAUUUUUCUGGAGGACAGGACCACAGUGGAGCUUUGGUGACUUCAGACUGCUGUGGGAAUCGCAGAUUCUGUUUCUCUUACUCAUCACACGUUUGAAGUUCUCGUCGUGAGCACGCUUAGACUCCAACUGCUUAUAAUGAGGAAAACCUCAGUACCAUGGACCUCAGAGCAGUUUUAGGGGACUUUGUAGCCUGGCUGUCCUACUAUAUGGAAUUCAGCCCCAACCCCCACCCCCCACUUUUUGAGCCUAAGGAAGCCUGUAUGUUUCUGGUAAAAUCAGACCUGCUGAACAGCCGUUCCAGGCAUUUUGUAUUUGGCAGGAGUUUGUUGAGGAAGUUUUAAGCCUUUGUCCAGUGAAGAUGAAUAACUUCUGUCGCUAUUUGGAGAAGAAGCACUUGCAGGCAAGAACUCAACCUAAUCACCAGUCCCUCUCAGCUGCUUUUAUAACGUUACAGACGGUCGUGUGUUUAUAAUGACUCAUAAACCAGCUUCUUUGCUACCUUUGCUUUUUCCCACAAGUCUCUCUUUCGCUUUCUCCUUAUGUGUGUUGUCAUCUCUCCUCCGCCAGUUCAGCUCAGUCAUAAAUGUUCUCGGAGGGGAAUGUGCAAUAGACGACAGUCGCAAAGCCUUUAGGGAUACCAGCAUUUUGAGAUAUUUUAGCAUGGUAUUAGAGAGCCUCUGCAGUAGAUUUACAAUUUAAACAUCAAAAGGAGAAAAACCCCCAAAAAUUGAUAUUAAAUUUGGAUUCCUGUUUCUUUUGAGCCAUUUUAGGGAUAAAAUGCUUAAACAGGUGGAACCGAUGUGCAUUUGAUAGCUUUAUUCUCCUUCAAACAAACUGAGUUGCUACAUUUACCCAAACUAAUGAUAAAGUUUAAACUACCUCCAGUCCUUCCCACCCCGACCCCAUCCCACAGUAUGUUUUUCCAAACUGUAGUCAAUAAGUUGAAGAUGAAAUUAACUUGGGUCUUUUUUGCAGUAAAAGGCUACUGCAGCACGUACCCAUAAACCCUGCAGACUGCAGUGGAAGCAGGAAUAAGCACAUUCAUUUCCUUGUGUAAAAAUGCCAAGUGGCUGCUCUUUGUGUACAAAGAAAAAUAAUAAAUGUGCAACAUGAAAUCAGCUUUCAAAGAUUUAAAAAAAAAAUACUUUUUUUUUUUUGGACACUUUUCUUUUGUCCCUGUUCCAUAAACUUCAGCACAUACAAAAGUAUUAAAGCUGUCUAUUUAAAAAUGAUGUAAGUGCAUGAAAAUAUUAGAGGGUUUUCUGACCAAUGGUACGGUAACGUUCAGUAGUCGAGCCAUUAAUCCCGUUACCUAAACAACCACUAUAAAAAAUCAUUAAUAUCCGAACAGUGUAUUUUUUAUUAUUUGUGAACAAAAUGAGAAGCUAUGACUACUUUGUGUAUUUUUUUUUUUUUUUAAUUAUUAUUUUGCGGCAUUAAUUCUUGGCUGGAUUGUGACAUCACAGCUUGGUAUUUGAAUGUGUAUGGAGUUUAUGUCAUCUUGUUUCUCGUGUUUUCAGUACUGUUGACCUUUUUUAAAUAUUUUUAUUUGGCAAAGCUUAAGUUUAGAAUGUGAAAGAAUGUCUGGAUGCAGGGAGCAAAUUCAUUUCAUUGCCAUGUAAAACUUCAUUUUUCAUUUCAGAGAUGGUUUUGCCAACACUUUUUGUAUGUGUUGGUUAAAUAAAGAAUGAUUGAAAUGUUAUUGUUUUUAAUCCCUGUCCCAUAUUUAAGAUUUUAAGGUUAUUUCACACAUUGGUCUAAUUUAUCUUAUUGGCCCUCGAUAUGGUUUUGAGAACGUUUUUGCAAAUAACAUAAAUUUUCUA